AUGGAGGGCGCCGAGCCUGGACCUCCCCUCCCCCAUGGCCCUGGAGCUCGGCCCGCCAACCAUGGAGGGCGCCGCGUUUGGACCUCGCCACCACCGGCCAUGGAGGCGCCGUCCCAGGACCUCGCUCCCCAGCCAUGGAGCGUGCCGCGCUCGGACCUCGCCUACCCCGGGUGCGAGGAGCUCACCCCGCUAGCCAUAGGCACCGGGCGUGACGCCCCGGGAGCUCGACCCCGCCAGCGGUCGUGGCCGCGGGAGAGCGCGCCGCCCCCUAGGACAGGCUCCCUUGCCGGAGGCCAUGGGGAGCUGGCCCCUUGCACGGAGCUCAAGCUCGUCGGCGGCCACGCUGGCCCCACGGUCAAGCCCGGCCAACGCUUCCCUCGCACGCUCACGUGA